AUUCACACCUAUUAAAAGCCCCCAUAUCCCCUUCAAUCCAUACUAAUUUCAUCAGCGGCAGCAGCAGCAACGACAACAACACCAUUACAUACUUUUCUCUCUCUCCUCAAAAUUUUUUUUUUUUUUAAACUCUCUUACUUCCAUUUUAGGGCAAAAAUGGCGGCAAUAUCCACACUUCCCAUGCUCAACAUCGACUCAAACUACGAAGCCGACAAGCUCACCCACGAAAUCUUCUCAAUUCUGGAGAACAAAUUCCUCUUCGGUUACGAUGAUCAUCGCAAAGCUAACCAUGAUCGUAACACUAAGCUUCCCACUCCGGCGCAGAACGGAAAGGUCAGAAUUCUCAGCAUCGACGGAGGCGGCGCCACCGGGGGAAUUCUCGCCGCCGCCUCACUCCAACGUCUCGAGUCCUCCCUCCGGCAUAAGUCAGGAAACCCAAAUGCUGCCAUCGCCGAUUACUUCGACGUCGUCGCCGGCUCCGGUGCCGGCGGUGUCCUCGCUGCCCUUCUCUUCACCCGGAGUAGGGAGGGCGGGCCGCUGUUCACCGCCCAAGAGGCCCUCAAUUUCAUGGUCAAGAAUCGCCGGAAGAUAUCCUGCCCCUCGCCGGCAGGAAUUUUACGGCGAGUUUUCGGAUCCGAGAAGAAGGUCGAGAAAAUGUUCGGAAAGGUGUUUGGGGAAUGUACUCUUAAGGACACGUUGAAGGCGGUGCUGAUCCCCUGCUACGACCUUUCUUCUCGCACGCCGUUUUUGUUUUCCCGCGCCGAUGCGGUCGAGAUGGACGGCUACGAUUUCAAGAUGAGGGACGUCUGCGCCGCCACGUCGGCCGAUCCUACGGCUACGGGCGGGGCGUUGGAUGUGAGGUCGGUGGACCGGAGGACGAGGAUCCUAGCCGUCGAUGGUGGGAUCGCGAUGCACAAUCCGACGGCUGCGGCGAUCACGCACGUUUUGAACAACAAGCAAGAGUUCCCGCUCUGUAAUGGCGUGGAGGAUCUUAUUGUAAUUUCACUUGGGAAUGGAGAGUCGGAAUUUGGUGUGGGCGGUGUCACUUCUUCUCCUGCGACCGCGGGGCGGCUAAUCAAGUUUGCCGGCGAAGGAACUUCUGACUUGGUGGAUCAGGCAGUUUCGAUGGCAUUUGGAGAGUGUCGUACGAAUAAUUAUGUUCGCAUUCAGGGGAACGGCAUUAUAGCUAAAAACCAAGGUGGCUGGGAAAAUGCAAAAGUGCCCAAGAAGAAAAUAGACAUAUUGUCACAAACAGAGAAUAUGUUGGCCCAAAAAAACGUCGAGUCCGUACUAUUCCAAGGGAAGAAGAUAGUUGGGAACUCAAACUUGGAGAAAAUAGAACAUUUUGCCGGAGAACUCGUUAAGGAACAAGAAAGAAGAAAAACCAGCAUUUUGCCAAUAGUGGCUUUGAAGCAGAUGUCACAGUCCCCGAGAACAUCCUCUGCCACAACUCUUUCCACACUAUCCUCCAAUUAG